CCAGCCCAGGCGGAGGCAACACCAAGCCUAGAGACAUGGGAGCUGGAGGAGCAUUCCACCUACUGCUUGUGUGCCUGAGCCCAGCACUGCUGUCUGCUGUGCGGAUCAACGGGGAUGGACAGGAGGUCCUGUACCUGGCAGAAGGUGAUAAUGUGAGGCUGGGCUGCCCCUAUGUCCUGGACCCUGAGGACUAUGGUCCCAAUGGGCUGGAUAUCGAGUGGAUGCAGGUCAACUCAGACCCCGCCCACCACCGAGAGAACGUGUUCCUUAGUUACCAGGACAAGAGGAUCAAUCAUGGCAACCUUCCCCAUCUGCAGCAGAGGGUCCGCUUUGCAGCCUCGGACCCGAGCCAGUACGAUGCCUCCAUCAACCUCAUGAACCUGCAGGUAUCUGAUACAGCCACCUAUGAAUGCCGGGUGAAGAAGACCACCAUGGCCACCCGGAAGGUCAUUGUCACUGUCCAAGCACGACCCGCAGUGCCCAUGUGCUGGACUGAAGGCCACAUGACAUAUGGCAACGACGUGGUGCUGAAGUGCUAUGCCAAUGGGGGCUCCCAGCCCCUCUCUUACAAGUGGGCCAAGAUCAGUGGGCACCAUUACCCCUAUCGAGCUGGGUCGUACAUCUCCCAGCACAGCUACCACUCUGAGCUGUCCUACCAGGAGUCCUUCCACAACUCCAUAAGCCAAGGCCUGAACAAUGGGGACCUGGUGUUGAAGGAUAUCUCCAGAGCAGAUGAUGGGCUGUAUCAGUGCACAGUGGCCAACAACGUGGGCUAUAGUGUUUGCGUGGUGGAGGUGAAGGUCUCAGACUCCCGGCGUGUAGGCGUGAUCAUCGGCGCGGUGCUGGGCUCUCUGCUGGCGCUGGGCUGCCUGGCCGUAGGCAUCUGGGGGCUCGUCUGCUGCUGCUGCGGGGGUUCCGGGGGCGUCGCCCGCGGUGCCUUCGGCUACAGCAACGGCGGCGGGGUCGGCGGAGGGGCCUGCGGCGACUUGGCUAGUGAGAUCAGAGAGGACGCCGUGGCGCCCGGGUGCAAGGCCAGCGGGCGCGGCAGCCGCGUCACCCACCUCCUGGGGUACCCGACGCAGAACGUCAGCCGCUCCUUGCGCCGCAAGUACGCGCCUCCGCCCUGCGGUGGCCCCGAGGACGUGGCCCUGGCGCCCUGCACCGCCUCCGCCGCCGCCUGCGAAGCGGGCCCCUCCCCGGUCUACGUCAAGGUCAAGAGCGCAGAGCCGGCCGACUGUGCCGAGGGGCUGGCGCAGUGCAAGAACGGUCUCCUGGUGUGAGCGCGCCGCCGGGCUGCGCCCUGGCCGGGAGGAGGACGCUGGGCUCUCUGCCUGCAGCUGGGGACACGUCGGGGCUGGUGCCGACCUCGCUCGCCCCAGGCCGCCAGGCGGCUGGGGGUGAAGGCAUUUCCCUAAGGAAAUGCGUCGGGAGGCAGAGCCUCCUCCCCACAAGUGGGAGGCGGCGGGCGAGGGCGCAGGAAGGCGAUCUCGAGCCUUCUCCGCCUCCCCGGGGCCGAAGGCUCUGGGGAGAGGGAGGGAGUAGGAGGCCCAGUCAGUGUCCUAAAGAGGCCGACGACGGAGGCCGGGUGUCCCCAGCCUAAGCAGAGGGCCCCGGGGGCCGGGUGGGUGGGGGUCCGUCUGGACGAAUUUUCUGUGUGUGAGGUCUGAGCUCUGAGGCUGCAGUGUUGGCACAAUAAAGAAACAUUGAGACGUGAGUCCGAAGUGGCUGUCCGCGUUCCACGGAGGUUGGGCACCCGGGUCGGGGGGAGCGGGUCCUGCCCAGGGCCGGGGAGGGUUGCUUCUGUCGCUCCGCCCCGUCCCCGCCCCUCUCCUCCCUCCUUCUGCUUGGAUCUCUGGCAAUCAGAGCUGGAAGGAUCCAUCCAAUGCUACUCCUUUCAACAACAUACAAAGUGCACAGAAAAGGAAAACAGAAAAAAAAAAAAAAAAAAAAAAAGAAUUAGGAAUAUCUAUGACCGCAAAAUAAACGAUCAUAGAUAAGAGAAACUGGCAAAGUGCAAUAGACUUGCCAUUUCUAAAUAUUCAAAAUUUUCACGUGUCAAUAUUUUCUGUUUAGAAAAAUGUGCUCUGAAGGUCUAGGGAGGCUUUGUAUGUUGUUGAAAGCUGAAAGGAAACUUGUCCUUGGAUCACAGAAGACACAGGUACCCCGUGAGAUAGAAACAAGGACAUGUGGCCGGGCGCGGUGGCUCAAGCCUGUAAUCCCAGCACUUUGGGAGGUCGAGGCGGGCGGAUCACCAGGUCAAGAGAUCGAGACCAUCCUGGACAAUAUGGUGAAACCCCGUCUUUACUAAAAAUACAAAAAUUAGCUGGGUGUGGUGGCGUGCCCCUGUAGUCCCAGCUGCUUGGGAAGCUGAGGCAGGAGAAUUGCUUGAACCUGGGAGGCGGAGGUUGCAGUAAGCCGAGAUUGUGCCACUGCACUUCAGCCUGGCGCCUGGCAACAGAGCAAGACUCUUGUCUAAAAAAAAAAAAAAAAAGAAAGAAAGAAAGAAAGAAAUAAAGAAACAAGGACAUGUGAAAAUAAGACUACCACCUCUUAGAUUAGAAAAAGCCAAGUGCCACAGUUCUAGGGCGCUAGGUGAAGUGCAGGAAGGAGGGGAAUCAUGUUGAUACAGCUUAUGUUUUGGAACUCGGAGAGUAUGGUAAGUCCCUUCACCUGGAUGCUGCCGGGGGUUUACAACAGUUAAUUUGUGGCUUUGCUUUUCUUCCCUUGUCUACAGUUGGUCAACUUGUGCAGAGCCCAUUCCACAGGGAUGUUUGAGAAAUACCAAGUGAAUGAAUGAGUGCGGCAGCAUUACUCUAUGUUAGAAAAAAAAGUUUUUAGACGUUUUACAGUUACUGCCUUAUGCUGGAUUAUUCUGUGGUUAGAAUUUAGGCCUAUCAGAAAUCCAGCUCGGUCCUCUUACACCCUGAAGUAGUCAGCCAUUCCUAGAUAGGGAUUAACAGGGCUGUUUAGUAUCUACUAGCACUUGUUAAACACCUUGUCAUAUUUACAAUGUAUUCUGGGGGAUGUUUUAGUCAUUUUUGGUUAAAAAGUGGAAACCAGUAAACCCUGUUAGAGUUAAUAGGUGUGAAAAGCCCUCUCUUGUCUAGUGAGAUGGGGAGUGCUUCAUAGAAGAGUAAUGUUUGAGAUAAAGUUCCGAGGACAUACUUGCUAAGCAAACAGUAAGUAAGGUGGGCAGUGCUAUAGAAGUUCCUCUGUUGAUAAAGGGACCAGGUGGUCACACAGCAAGGAGGGGGAUGCAGACAGGAAGAGACAGCUCGCCGGGCGCGGUGGCUCACGCCUGUAAUACAGCACUUUGGGAGGCCGAGGCGGGUAGAUCACGAGGUGAAGAGAUCGAGACCAUCCUGGUCAACAUGGUGAAACCCCAUCUCUACUAAAAAUACAAAAAAUUAGCUGGGCAUGGUGGCGCGUGCCUGUAAUCCCAGCUACUCGGGAGGCUGAGGCAGGAGAAUUGCCUGAACCCAGGAGGCGGAGGUUGCGGUGAGCCGAGAUUGUGCCAUUGCACUCCAGCCUGGGCAACAAGAGCGAAACUCCAUCUCAAAAAAAAAAAAGAAGAAGAAGAAGACACAGCUCUAUUAAUCCUUCUUUAUUCAACAUCACCUCUGUUGGGCUUUGGAAUCUACUUUGCCAACGCAAUGCCCACUCACUUAAAUCAUGCCCAUUCAUGAUUUAAGAAUUUCUAAUGUGGAAUAGAAAUGAUUAGUAUGAGAAGGUUGGCUGGAUUAAUUUCUUUUGCUGAGCAAGAUUAAACUUAAAAAAACAAAAACAAAAACCAGGUGCGUCCUAAAUGCCCAAGAUUUAAGAAGGAACCUCAUAGCUCAACUGGGUAUUCGAUGAAUGUGAAUGAUUUUGUAUUUGACGAGCUGAUGAGGAUAACAUAGUGACACAGAGGAUAGGUGUUUGUACAUCUGAAUUGUUUGGGCUGUUUCUCAUUUUAUGUGUAACUUAUUUGUAUAGCUAUUUAUAGAGUUCAUUUCAUGUUAGAUUAUUUAUGCUCUGGUAGCAAAAAUAUAUUUGAAAGGAUACAGUUUCUGAAAUCAACAGUUUCCUAUCUGCUAGGAGACGUGUAUCAGGAAAAGUCGUGUGGGUUCUAUUAUUUCCAUGCUAAAACUUGGAUGUUACCUUACACUUUGGUCCCUUGUUUCACGGAUGUUAGAACUGAGCUUAGACCUCCCUCAGAAUCCUUUGGGACUUUGUGCUUCAUGUUUUUGGCCUGCCUUGAUUUUAUCUGCUCAUCCUUGAUUCUUUCAUGCUCUUUGUUUACACUUAACUCUGGAAUAU